UAGCUAGUGUUACAGCCAGCACAGCCACAGCUGCUAGCUAGUGUUGCGGUAGUGUGGGUGAGGGGAGGUACAUCUCGCUGCUCGCUACACUUCACAUCAAUCUCAAGCAACAUGUCCUGGUUUGGUGGGAAUUCAGACAAGAAAAUGCAGGACUGUAUGUUCCAGCUGAAAUUUUGUGGGAAACAAAUGGAGAGACUUUCUAAGAAGGCAGAGAAGGACCAAAAGAUUCAGGAAGGAAAGAUUAGGAAAGCUCUUCAACAGGGCAAUGUUGAAGGUGCCAGAAUUUACGCUGAAAAUUCAAUACGAAAGAAGAAUGAAUCGCUCUCUUACUUGCGGAUGGCAUCAAAAAUUGAUGCUGUUGAGUCCAGGAUCCAAUCAGCAAUGGCUAUGAAAGGGGUCACCAAAAACAUGGGGUCGGUGGUAAAAGCUUUGGAUCAAGCCCUUAAUGCUAUGGACUUGCAGAAAGUUUCUUCCAUUAUGGAUAAAUUUGAGUCACAGUUUGAGGACUUGGAUGUGAGAACAUCAGUACUAGAAGAUAGCAUGGGUGCAGCUACAACAUUAAGCACCCCAAAAGAGGCUGUGGAUGCUCUUAUCCAGCAGGUGGCAGAUGAGGCAGGUCUUGAAGUGAUGGAUCAAGUCAAUGCUCAGUCUGUGCCAGCAGGAACACUUACUGCUGGUGAACGCACUGCUGACCAUGAAGAUCAGCUCAGCAGACGGCUUGCUGCUCUCAGGAAUUAGUAUUGAACCACCUUGGUAAGGGGCCAUGAAUACUUUAUGUAUGCAAACAUAAUAUAUAAACUCAUACAGACUUGAUUUUGUUGCAGAAUAUGACUUACUAUAUUUUAUCAGUGGCUGACAGGUUAAAAGAGCAUAAUUCCAUUCUGCACUUCCAUUGCAGAAUGGAAUUAUGCCCUCUUCAAAAUACAUAUUAAAGUAAUUCAUUAUAUUAUUAGUAUUAAGCAGACAGAGAAAGGUGUUUAUUCACAAGAGUGUUUUUACUUAUUUUGCUUUAUAUACUUUAUACAAAUCUUUCUUUAAUUUAAUUGGAGACUUCUAAAUAAAAUGUACAGUGGAACCUCAUAUUUCGAACGUAUUGCUUAUCGAACUCUUCGAAAAUAGAACCCUUUUUUCGAACCAACUUUGUCCCUAUUAUCGAACUCGCCCCUAUUUUCGAAUCGCCAGGUACCAGACCUGUCCGGCAGCCCACUCUGUCUGCAUCUCCACACAGGCGCUGUGAGCCAGUCUGGUUUUGUUGAUGCUUGAGUGAACACUAACCUGCGCUCUCAUUCAAACAUUUCACGAUUAUUUCAUUGUGUUUAGUGCUUGUGGGACUGUGAAAUAGGCUACAAUGGGCCCAAAGAAACUUGCUAGUGGUACCCCUGUGGUAAAGAAAGUGAGAAACACCAUAGAUGUGAAGAAGGAAAUAAUACAGAAAUGGAAUGAUGUCCAAGUGGAAUGAUGUCCAAAUAUUUAUGGAGAAGUACCACCCUGAGCAAGGUGAAACAAGCCAUCUUUGCAACAAGUUCAGUGACAGAACCAUGUCCAAUUUUAGGGAAAUCUUUAAGAGGCACCAGAAACAGAGGACUGUGGACAGUUAUUUUGUGAGACAGGGGUCCAGUGACUCUCAAGCUGGUCCUAGUGGCAUUAAAAGACAGAAGGGAAGUAACCCCAGAGAGGGCUUUGAUACCUGAAGUCCUCAUGGAGGGGGAUUCUCCUUCCAAACACUAGCCCCAACUCCCUCUCUCCUCCUCCCUAUCUUCCAGAUACCAUCACCAAUCUUCAAUAAAGGUAAGUAAAAUGUUAUUUUAUAUGUUUAUUUAAAUUUAUUAAUACAUAAUUGAGCACUAUAUUUGUUGUAUGUAGAACUAUAAUUAAUCUCUAUAAAAUGUAUUUUUUUGUGUGUGAAUAUUUUUGUGUUUCUGGAACGGAUUAAUUUUAUUUCCAUUAUUUCUUAUGGGUAAUAUUGCUUCGCUUUUCAGACUUUUCGAAUUUAGAACUAACUCCUGGAACGGAUUAAGUUCGAUAUUUGAGGUUCCACUGUAAUCUGAGACAACUCUUGAAAUUUUGUUGUAAAGGAAAUCCACUUGGCACUUGGUGAUUGUAAUUAUCUUUCAGGGUGAGUUUUUGUCUCGCUAAGAUAGUUCAUCAUUCCAGUUAUUUGCUGGAAUGACCAGCUAUCAUUCCAGCAAAUUAAGUGUUUAAAGUAUAAUGUCAUCAGUUAUAGUAAAAAUAGGAUACUGUGGAUUUUUUUUUUUUAUUUUUUGCUGAAACUAUUUCUGUUAUUUUCACAAUAUAUUGUAACUACUUACAUCUUUAAUGUAUUGUUCCCUUUGGUGAUUUCCCCACCCUUGUACUUAUUUUAAUCAAAUGUAGAACCUUCUCAAGACAUUUCAGAUGACUAAGUAUUAGAAAGGCUCAUGCUGGAGCACUGGAGACAUUGGCAUAGUUACUACAGAUGUGAGUCACUUCUGGCACUCAGAAAGUUGAAUGAGAAUUGUUAUUAACUAGUACACGAAAAUGAGAAGACAUGAAAAGGCAUGUACAAGUGAAUAAAAAGAUGGUGAUGGAAAGAUGAAGAUCAAGCUGCACUAGUGCAAGUAAGAGUUCCACCAUUAAUGGGAAAGAUGUGCUCCUCUUUUCCUUGACAGUGCUUGUAUGAGCAAUGUACACCAAUCUGCACAUUAUCCUUAAUACAGUAUUUAAGUAAGCAUUAUCUUUAUACUGUAUUAUUUAUUAUUAUGGAUUGUUUUGACAAUAGUUGUAGGGUUACGUUGAACUUUGGGUGUCUUGGGGAAAUGCAGCAUAAUAAACAGCUUGAGGUCCUCUAAGAGGAAAGUUUCAUAAUAAUUUUUUGUUAGGGAGUGGAAUAUUUUAAGAAGUACUUUGCCUAAUAUUGGAAUCUUUUUUUUUUUUACCAACUGUAUUCCACCGAAGUAGGGGAACCCAUUAACCUUUAAACAGUGUCUAACGUACUAGGACGCACAAUUUUUCAUACCUUCAAAUUUGCCACCUGCCAAUAUUUUUGACCACAACACUUUGGGUCUUCUACAGUCUAUUCAUACAUAUGAAAAAAGUCUAAGGCCAAGAGGAUCCACACAGUGCAUCAUGGUUAACUACACAGGUGAUGUCUGUGUCUUACAUACUAGUAUGCCUAACUACCAUAUGUAACUAUUGAAACCAGGAGCUGUUGUUCCACCACUAACUUCUCUGCUAGCCAACAGGGUGUGGAAGUGGCAUGAAGGCGACUUAUUCAUUCCAAAUUUAUUACAGUUUCAUGAUACUAACAGUGGAAUUCAGCCACAAAUCAUACUAAGUAUACUUCAACAAACCAGACAUAUCCCACCAAGGCAAGAUAACCUAAAAAGAAAAACGAAAGUUUCUUUUUUUAAAUUUAGUAAUGUAUAUAGGAGUAGGAGUUACUAGCCCCUUGCUCCCGGCAUUUUAGUCACCUCUUACAACAUGCAUGGCUGACAGAGGAAGAAUUCUGUUCCAUUUUCCCAUGGAGACUUAAUGUAUAUGUAUUUAACCCAAUAUAAUACCGUAAAGUCAAACAGUGCAACUUAUUUCCAUGUUUUCAGGAAUAUUACACUGAAACCGUAAUAUUUGUUGUAUAUAGCAUUAGAACAAGAAAAUAGUAAAAAAAAAAGAAAUAAAAACAAUUCCAUAUAUAUACAGCCUCUCCU